UCAUUAAUUUGAAGUCGUCACACCUGCGCCAAACUUUGAGACGAGCGCUCACGCGACGCCUGUUAAAGAGUUUCCUGUAAAUUACUUUUGGGAUGAGUCCGUUUAACUCUGAGGAUAUUGCCGUUACAGCUAAAGCAUGACCAGCUUCUUUUUGGUUUUUUUCGUAUUUAUCUUGCUCCUGCUGCCCACGGGGGCGGUUCCACAGUCUGCCCUUGACUUGAAAGGCAACAGAACACGGCGGGAUGUCUCUUGCAGUGCCAGCCUGGAGUACCUGCACGGCAACAUCUGCUGUUUAAACUGUCCAGCUGGUACACAUGUGAAAUCACACUGCACCAGCGCAGGAGAGAAGGGGGAAUGUGUGGAAUGUGACUAUGGGACAUACACUGAGCACGCCAAUGGACUGAAUCAGUGUUUCAUGUGCACACGGUGUCGCUCAGAUCAGGAAAUUGUAAGGCUGUGUAUUCACACUCAAGAUACCAAAUGUCAGUGCAAAUCAGGGCGAUUUUGUGCUCCUGACCAAGCAUGUGAAGUGUGCAAGAAGUGUUCAAGGUGUGAAAAAGAUGAAGUGAUAGUGAGGAACUGCACCUCUACCACCAACACGGAGUGCAAGAAAAUCCAGCCCAAAUCUGUCUUUUCCUCAGGAAACGCAGCAGUGAUUGUGCCACUGGUUUUUGCUGGUGUCAUCACUGUAAUGAUGAUAAUACUUUUCUUGAGGAAGAAGAGAUGCAGAGCACCAGACUCUCAGAGAAAUCUGCCUGAUGGGGUGAAGGCUGGACAGCAGUACACUACUGUCAUCUGUCCCACUGAGGAAAGGAAGAAUGGAGAUACCCGAAGGCCAAGCCACUCAAACUGGCAACUGGUGAGAUCCAAACCCUCAGCCGGAAUGGGAGAUGAGCAUAAAGCGCUCUGUGAAAGCCUCAACAGCUCAGCCAGUAACUCCCAGCACAGUCUAACCAGCCUGCCCUCCUCUGCCUUCCCCGCACCCCCUCCCCAAGCCAGCCCCGUGGUCCCCAGGCAGCUCAACAGGAGGGAAGAUGAGCAAUUCCCCAAACUUGUUCCUCUGAAUGGUGAAGAGUCUCUGAGGAAAUGCUUCGAGUAUUUUGAAGAAGUAGAAGUCGACUACCACAAGAGAUUCUUCCGUCAGCUUGGGAUUACUGACAAUGUGAUCAAAAGCAAAGAGCACCUUCUUUAUGAAGACAAGAUCCAUGAAUUGCUGAAUAUUUGGAUGGAGAAAGAGGGUAGAGAGGCUAGCUUAAAUGAUCUGCUGAAAGCAUUACUUAAUUUGAAUCAGAGGCGAACAGCUGAGACUGUCAGGGAGAAAGCUAUUCACAAUCAUCAUUACAUCUGUGAGUGUUGAGAGAUGAACUUCUUUUAGAAAAUCCUUCGUUUUAGGAAUAUUACAUAUGCUUUGAGAUCCUUGUUGCUGAAAGACUAUGCACCAUCCAAUACUGGUUUGCAUAGAAUUUCUGUAGGGGAAAAAAAAAGUUUGUGUUUAGUCGAGCACUGGUUGGAUAAACGAAUCAAAAGGCUGCCACCCAUAAUGGCCUUCAGGUGGCUCCUGUAAGAGAAAACAUGAGUAAUGAUGUCUCAUGAUUGUCAUUUAUGGCGUGAGGUCCUUGUUGUUUUGACCAGUGGAGAAGCAAAGCACAAGGCUACCACAUUAUGUGGUAUUUUAGUAAGAAGUAAAUCUCUUCAGUCAAAAAAAAACCAUAAAUCACUUGCACACCUACCAAGUGUGUAUUUUGUUGACACUGGUAGUUCUCUCGUGUUAGGGGCAGGCAGGUUACUGUUACCACACAGCACUGAUGGGGAAUUGCAAGUCAAACCUGGCUGAAUUAUAUGCCUACAUGACCUUAUAUAGACACUAAAAUUACAGCUUGAAUUCAGUUGUUCUUUGUGUCUGACUGAAAAUAACUUAUUCCCUUCACCUCUACAUGGAGGGUUGAUAGUGAAGUAUUUAAAAAAAGUGUUUGCUGUCUUUUAUACCAAAGACUGUGUUUUACUCGGCCCACACCUCAUGAUUGGUUGAAUAAAUGUGACGCACAUACUGACAUUUUCAUCCCUUAAUAAGCGUUUAUUUAAAUAUGUCUUCAGGAAAGAAUGUCUGUACAGCCGCACUGAUUGAGUAACAGAACACAUGAAGCAUUAAGCUAAAUGUCAAAGAGAUAAAUACUAGGCUUAAUACAAGUACGAUGAGCUACUAUGGUGGAGAGCUGUUAAAUUUAUGAUUUGUAUAACUUAUUUACAAUGUUCUUUACCUGACUGUGUCAAAUACUUGUCGAUUGACAGUGUUCAUGGCCGUGGUUCUGCUUGGCUGUUUGUUUACGAGCUAAAAGCCAAAAAUUGAAAUUAAUUUAAUUUUGUUUUUUAAUCUCCUGUCUGCAUUUUGUUUCUAGUCUAUUGUUACACCUCAGCCAUAAUCCUGAUCACAACAGUAACAUCAGAACCACAAAAGGCUCUGCUGGGUACUACUGAUGCGUUUCUGUUAAGUGCCUUGCGCAAAAGUACCUGAGUAGUUGCGCUUGAGAGAAAGUGUAUUCCCCCCCCCCCGGUUUCCUGCACUUAAUGAAUUGUGCACCUCGGUGGUUCUGUCUUGCACUGAUCUGUGUGACUAUCAGGGAAGUCAUGUAUAUACUUGUCUGCAAUAUACAUGAUAGAAGGUUAAUCACAUUGUUACAUAAUACCCAUUUUUUGUGUUUACAUCUUUUGCCUGUUGUUAUCUCUCACUUUCACUUUUAGUGUUUGUCAGCCUGUUUCAUUUUGAUUUCCCCAUUCACCAUUAUUUUAACUGACUUAACUAAUUCUUUGAAUUAUUCUGUAAAAGUUGGUAAGCUCUGAAAUACCAAAUUCCAAAUUUGAGUUUAUGGGCAAAAACUGAAAUACAAAAGUCCUUAAGAAUAAAAAGUGUGAACUUGUUUUUUUGA